AUGGAAGUAGCUGUGGGUCGGCUUAUCGCGAGGCCUGUUUUUUUCUCAGGUGACGUUUUGGAGGUGCAAUCAUCCUCGCGCCUCGACAGAUGCGUCGCGCCGGACCCAUCUGCGCGUCCCCCGCGGCGGCUCGCGCUGCAGUCGUCCGCAAAUGCGCCCAGCACGGCCAGGCGGAAUGCGCGGCGCAGCGCGGGGCAUACGGGCGAGGAGGGUCGGUUCGGCGGGAGCAGAGGUAGCAGGGGGCGGUGGGUGGCGCGCAGCAGUCUGGCGGAGCACCACGGCACGGACGCCACGGCCGCGCGCACGCAGGAGGCCGACGUGGCAGGUAGCAGCGGAGCCGAUGUGGCAGCGGUAGAGGAGGCGGCGGCGAGCGUGGUGGACCUGUCGGACGUGAUGGAGUGGGAGCUGGACUUCUGCUCGCGCCCGCUUCUCGACGAGCGCGGCAAGCGCGUGUGGGAGCUGCUGGUGUGCGACAGCAGCCGGCGACUACAAUUCGCCGAGUACUUCCCGUCCAAUCGCAUCAACUCCGCCACGCUCAAGGACGCGCUCCUGCGAGUAAUGGACGCCACGGGCGCGCCCAAGCCGCAGAAGAUCCGCUUCUUUAGGGCGCAGAUGGCGACGAUUAUAUCCAAGGCGGCCACGGACCUCGACAUUCAGCCCGUGCCUAGCCAGCGGUGCGUGACGUUGCUGCGGUGGUUGGACGAGCGCUACGACGCGGUGUACCGCGUGCAGCCCAACUUCCAAGCCAACGCGCCGCCGCUGCUACAGCUCGAGGCGGCGGCGCCGCAGGACCUGCCGGACACGCUGCGGGGCGAGCAGUGGGCCUUCGUGCAGCUGCCGCUCUCCGGCAUACUGGAGGAGAUGCAGCGGGUGCGAGCGGGCGACAUGUUCGGGAGCGUGUUGGACCUGGCGGCCAUGGGCCUCGCGUCCCUACCGCCCGACUCCAUGGUGCCGGGCGUCGCCGUCGCCUCCACGCGAGCCACGCCCCUCGCAGGUCAGCGCCGCGCCCGCCCCUCGCCUCCCCCACGCCAUCUCUCAUUUCCCCCCUUCUUCCCCACCCUGCCCUUUCCCUUCCCCCACUCACCCCCCUCCGCGCCCCUCUCCCACUCCCCCGUCACCCGGCCCUCGCCUGGCAGGUCUCUGCAUGCGUGCCGGGGGUCUCCGCCCCUCCUUUUCCCUCCCCCCAUCCUUUUCCCUCCCUCCCUUUCUCUCCCCCCCUCCUUUUCCCUCCCCCCUCCCUUUCCUUCCCCCCCUCCCUUUCCCUCCCCCCGUCCCUUUCCCUCUCAACUCCCUUUCCCUCCCAACUCCCUUUCCCUCCCCCCCUCCCUUUCCCUCCCUCCCUCCCUUUCCCUCCCCCCCCUUCUUUCCCUUCCCCCCUCCCUUUCCCUCCCCCGCUUCCCUUUCCCUCCCCCCCUCCCUUUCCCUCCCCCCCUCCCUUUACCUCCCCCCCUCCCUUUCCCUCCCCCCCUCCCUUUCCCUCCCCCCUCCCUUUCCCUCCCCCCCUCCCUUUCCCUCCCCCCUCCCUUUCCCUCCCCCCCUCCCUUUCCCUCCCCCCCUCCCUUUCCCUCCCCCCCUCCCUUUCCCUCCCCCCCUCCCUUUCCCUCCCCCCUCCCUUUCCCUCCCCCCCCUCCCUUUCCCUCCCCCCCUCCCUUUCCCUCCCCCCCUCCCUUUCCCUCCCCCCCCUUCUUUCCCUCCCCCCCUCCCUUUCCUUCCCCCCUCCCUUUCCCUUCCCCCCUCCCUUUCCCUCCACCCCUCUCUUUCUCCCCCCCCCCCUCUCUGUACCUCUCCCCUUCCCUCUACCUCUCCCCUUCCCUCUACCUCUCCCCUUCCCUCUACCUCUCUCCCUCCCUCUACCUCUCCCCUUCCCUCUACCUCUCUCCCUCCCUCUACCUCUCCCCUUCCCUCUACCUCUCUCCCUCCCUCUACCUCUCCCCCUCCCUACUCUACCUAUCCCGCUUCCUGCACCUCUCCAUCAAUCGUCUGCUGUCCGCUGGGAUCCAGCUAAGGUCACUCAUUGUCUCUGUGACCGUCCUGUUUGCCUGCCGUGGCUCUAGAAACUACACCCGCGCCUCAUUCACGCUUCCAGUGCCACACCCACCCUUGGCGUCCCCCCACUCCUACCACCUGUGCACUGCCAAGUCUCUCCCUGCCGUUCUCGCCGCCCUGUGCUUCCCUCCUUUCACUCAUGCUGCUCGCAUGCACCCCCAACCCACUGCAUUGGAGCUGGCGUCGCUGCGGGUGGACCCGUCCAAGGCGUGUCUGCUGCUGGCCACGGGGGUGGCGGACACGUGGCGCUACGCCUUCUACCGCCGCUCCAUGGCGGCCGAUGCAGAGGCGCGUGCAUGGGAGGAGGCCAAGCGUGCGUGCGGGGGCUUGCACUUCCUGGCUGUGCAGAGGGACCUGGAGGAGGAGGACUGCACUGGCUUCUGGUUGCUGCAAGACGCUGACCCACCACGUUUCUAA